UCAACCAUGUCCACUGAAAACGAGUGACUCCUGCUGGCUGUGCUCCAGGGGUAAAAUGGGUGGAGUUUAUCUAAACGCAGGAAGGAAAGCUUGAAGAAAGCACCGCUGUGGGUCCAGCACAGAGCCACAGCCUGCUGGGUGAAAGCAAAGAACAAAUAUAAAGAGUGUUCACAGCAGCAAACAGGCUGACUGACCUUUGACCCUCACUGCCCUCAGUUAUUACUGUUUAUAUGAUGAUGAUGAUGAUGGUGAAACGUUUCUCCCAUGAAGGCGUCCUUUCCUGCUCUGUGAUGGACAGAGAAACCUCCAUGAUGAGCACUGCUGCUGACGAGCUGCUGGAGGCCAGUUUCUCCAGGAUAAAGAUUUUGGACCGCUAUAAAGAUCAGCUUAUAGCCCUGUCUGAGGAGCUCAAGGAACUAAAGCCAAAAUAUAACAGGACAGGAUGUGUUAAGCUUUUUUCAAGCAGAUCAUCUUCCCCAUUGUCUUGUCCUGAAAUCACUGAAUCACUGGAGAAGUUGCAGAAGAUAGAAGGUGAACUCAAUGAAGCCCAGCAAAAAACCGAGGAACUGUUAGAGAAGCUGAAGAUUUCUACAAACAGCCGUGAGCACGUCGUGGAAGAAAUUCUGUCAGCAGCAGCAAAAAGAUUUGAAGUCAAGAACCAAAUUAACUUCAGCUCAGCAUCAGCUCGAAAACUCAUCCAAGAAAUGUCUGGAUGUGAGUUUCAGCACAUCCUCGAAGGAAAAGUGGUGGUUGGAUCUGUAGAUGGUGGAAAGGAGUUGCCACUUCCUGAAGUCAUUCAAAUGUCGACAGAAUUAAUCUGGAAGAAUCAUGUGACCGAAGCCAGCGAAUCACUGAGAGCUGCAGCUGACAAGAUCAAAGGGUUCAUCUGGGACCUUUGUGGCCAAUUCAGCUACAUUGUAGACAAGGUGAUCAAGCUAGCUCAACAAGCAGGUGAAGAACAGUCUGCCUCCGAAACAAGGAGUGGUGGUGACAACAAGGAAGAAAGUAAUCAAUCAAGUGAGGAGAGUGGUGUUGAUGACACAAAGAAAGAUAAAAACUAUGUGCCCCCAGCUGACUGGCGUGAUGAUGGUGAUGAUGGUGAUGAUAGUGAUGAUAGUAAUGAUGGUGAUGAUGCUGCUAAAAGGAAAUUUAACGAGCAGAAGAAUGCAGGAGAUGCUGGAAGCUGGGUGCUGAUCAAUUUUCGCUCGAUUAAAAAGAAAGAGGAAAAAUUUAAGGGUUUAUUAGAGAAAAACAAAGAUGUAUUAAUUUUAACAGAGACGUGGAUCAAAAAUGAAAAGAAGAAGCACAAGGAUCAGGUCCUUCAAGACAUGUUAACUGAAGAGUACAAUUUUGUUCAGUUUACGAGGGAAAAGAAAAAAAGAGGAGGUGGCGUCGCGAUUUUAUUCAAGACCCUUUACAAUGGUAAAAAAAUUAAUCUGAUCUCAGCCAAACACUUUGAAUAUGUGGCUGUAGAGCUGGAGCGAACUGGUUACCAACCUGUCCUGGUCAUCGGUGUGUAUCGCCCUCCGAAGACGAAAUUCAAAGAUUUCCAGUCGGAGUUUGAAAGCCUCUUGCAGGACGUUUUUGCAAAAUGCAAAGACGACAUCAUUUUGGCUGGAGAUUUUAAUAUCUGGUUUGAUAAAGAGUUGAACGACAAAACCAAAAGAUUGGUUUUGUCAAGAUUUUCGUCUAUAUUGAACAAAAACAGUCUUACGCAACAUGUAAACAGCCCAACACAUGAACGAGGUCACACUCUGGAUCUGGUCAUCAGCAGAAAUGUUGAAGUCUCUGAUCUGAGUGUUCGUAAUGACGACAUAGCAGAUCAUUGCAGUAUAUACUUCAAUGCCACACCAAAGCCCAAACACAGGAAACAAUCUGAAGCAGAGGAGAAUGAAGAUGAAGAUGAGCCCACAAAACGACUGAAAAAUAGUGAAGAGUAGAAAACUUGAUGCACCUAUUUGUCCUUUAAAAGCUGAAAUAUGUUGGACUCCUGGACGUCCGAGCGUUGACGUUUCAGGAGUCAUCAUCAUACACACAUAACACACAAUAAUUACGCACACCCCACUUUGCAGUUAUUUAUUUGUUAAA